CAAGAAUGUUGAUACUCCUACAUCAAGAUUCAAGAACAUCGCGAUGUGUCGUUGACAAGCAUAGCCAGGACCGUAUGUCCGUAGACUUCUUGUCACUAUAAUUACAAUGCGUGCAAAAGCGCAGGCAGUGCUUCUUCGCAAGCUCGCACAGUGACACGCCGAGAAAGCGUCAAAACAAAUACGAUUUCGUUCACUAUUUGCUCUCGCGUCUCACCCGAUACUUGAGCCGCUCUUAGUAAUUGCGUCAUCCAGCGCUUUAUGCACCGCGAGAAGACAGGAGCAACGAAGUUUAGCAUGCGCUACAGUCGCGACAAAAGUUUUUGGGGAUGGUGGCUCGUGCCUCUCUCGGUCCGAGUCACUGUUAAGGGGGUGCGCGCAGUGGACCCGGAGGAGGAACACUUGUUGCGAGUGCGGCGGGGGAAGGAAGGGGGCCUGAAGCGCGGCGCUGCGAUCGGCGCUGCUAUAGGCCCGCGGUUCCGCUCCGGGGCUCAGAGCAACGUCCAAGCUCGCGAUGACGGGUUGGCGGGCGACAACGCUGCUUGCGCUGCUUCUGCUGCGGCAGCUGUCGGCGCUCUUGGUCUCGGCGCUGGCCAGCCCGUGGCCCGCGGCCGGAACCCAGCUGCCCGUUCCCUUCACCGAGACAGCAGCGACCGAGGGCUGCCACUGCUGGGCCCAGGGGACCGAGUGCCGCUGCUUCGGUGACAGCGUGCACGAGGUGCCCGUUCGUCUGGCUGACCAAGUCGAGAAACUGUCACUGGAGCGAAUUUCACUGGAAGUGCUGCGAAACGGAUCCCUCGAAGGUUACGCAGCCACCCUGAGAGCACUCCACCUCAACUCGUUGCUGAAACUGUGCUAUAUCGAACCGGGAGUCUUUGACAAUCUGCACGAGCUCCGAGAAAUCUCUAUACAGAAGUCAAUUCUGCUACAAACAAUCCUACCAGGAGUCCUAAGGGGUCUUCCUAAACUGACCGUAUUGCGCAUCACCCACUCUGGACUGCGGGAAGUUCCGUACAUGCACGACCUGAACCCAUCCACGUACAUCGGAAUGCUAGACUUCGACAGCAACCGCAUUGCUGAGCUUCCAGCGUAUUCCAUCAGGGUCAAGGCAGGAACACUGAUACUCAAUCACAAUUCCAUUGCGGCAAUACGCGGAGCGGCAUUUGAUGGCUCAAAAAUUGCUGAAGUGAGACUGCGUGGAAAUCGAAAGCUGACGGUGGUCGAAGACGAUGCCUUCUACGGACUUUCGAACCUCAGCCAUCUGGACCUUUCCGAGACGAGCCUUACAAAACUACCCACCCGUGGACUGGAGUCCCUGGAAGUGCUCGAGCUACGCGACGCUCCAGCGCUGCGUGAAUUCCCUUCUGUCUACCACUUCCGGUUUAUAAGGGUGGCCCACCUCACUUACCCGUACCACUGCUGCGCCUUCCAGUUUCCGGAAACCCACGACCCGGAGGAGCACAGCAGGUUCCAGAAGCACUGCAACUCAGACGAUGAGGCAAUGAGCCAGCGUCAGAACCGGCCACCCAUGGUGGGCGAGGAGCACGACUUCCAGCUACUCGAGCGCUUCUUUGUGGUCCAACUGAACAACAAGCAGACCACGACGCCGCCAACCAGGAGAUUCGUUCGCCAUGUGUUCAGCGAAUUUGGCACCAUACACGAGGCUCCAAAACCUGGAGCCCAGAACACUACGUCCAGCCCAUGGAACAUCUUCCACUCUCGAGGCAUGGAGGGAACCUUCCACCCUGAAGUGCCACUGCAAGGAGAGCAAUGGGUGACGUGCGGCAAGCUGGCCAGCCGUCAGGUGCAGUGCUUUCCAGCGCCGGACGCGUUCAACCCGUGCGAGGACGUUAUGGGCAACAUGGUGCUGCGCGUCGCCGUCUGGUUCGUGGUCGUAGCCGCGGUUUUCGGAAACCUGGCCGUGCUUCUCGUGCUGCUCAGCGGCCGCCUCACCGUCUCCAAGUUCCUGAUGUGCAACCUCGCCUUCGCCGACCUCUGCAUGGGCGCUUACCUGCUGCUCAUCGCCGCCGAGGACUUGCACACGCGCGGCCGGUACUUCAGCCACGCCAUCCUGUGGCAGCACGGCGCUGGAUGCAAAGUAGCUGGAUUCCUGACCGUGUUCGCAUCUGAACUUUCGAUCUACACGCUCACGGUGAUCACACUGGAGCGCUGGUACGCCAUCACGUACGCCGUUCACCUGAACAGGAGGUUACGACUGCGCACCGCCGCGCGCAUCAUGGCGUGCGGCUGGGGCUACGCGCUGCUCGCGGCCUCCCUGCCACUCGUGGGCAUCAGCAGCUACAGCAAAACGUCCAUAUGCCUGCCCAUGGAGAACAGCACGGUGGCAGACUUCCUCUACCUGCUCACCCUGCUAUCGAUGAACGGCUUCGCCUUCCUGCUCAUAUGCGCCUGCUACGCAAAAAUGUACCUGGCCAUAUCGGGCCAGCGACCACGCUCCCACUGCGGCAGCAAGGACACGUCGGUGGCCAAGCGCAUGGCUAUGCUGGUAUUCACCGACUUCGCCUGCUGGGCCCCCAUCGCUUUCUUCGGCCUGACGGCCGUGGCCGGCUACCCGCUUAUCGACGUGCCCAAGUCCAAGAUCCUGCUUGUGUUCUUCUACCCCCUCAACUCGUGCGCCAACCCGUUCCUCUACGCCAUCCUGACCAAACAGUACCGGCGCGACCUGUCAGCGCUGCUGUCCACGCGGGGCCCUUGUACGCGCCGCAUGCUCAAGUACACAUCGUCCUGGCAUACGACGCCCACCAACCGCCUUCUGCGUAACAAGGACAACAGCAGCACAUCGCGCCAGACCACCGAGCUGUCCAACCGCACACAGAAGGGUUCGCCGCACCCAAUCAAGAACAACUUCACCAAGCUGGGCCUGCACGAAGAGUUUCUGAGACGCCAGAGCCUGUUGUGCGAGCACAUGGACACUCCCAUUUGACUCCGGCCGACCGCAGAGCCCGCGCACUCGUCGCGCAGUCACAACUGGGCCGCCAGCCGCCGACCAGAACUUCUCGGCAAGGUGCCGUCUUGUUUCACGGUGGACUCGUUUUUCGAGAAGCCAAGCGUCGACAGCGACACUACGGAAAGCACGCAAAUAAGAGCCUCAUCGAGAUCUUGGCACAGAACGAUGUAAACGAUGCAUGCUGGUUGACUAUUUGCUUGCUUCGGGCCAUCUGCCAACGAAGCAAAGAAAACACCUUGUCGACUGUUCUGUCACGUUGCGAACUAAUGCACGGUUCGCAUGGUUCACAGCUGCGAGAGAAACAAAAAAACUAAAGUGGAGGUUUGUCAACAUACAUGGGUUCGUGGAUCGGGAUUGCCCGAGACUUUGGCUGCCAUUACUGCCCUACGGAACACCACUUACACUGACGUAGGCGUUUUUAUUUUUUUUCUUCAUUCUUCUACUAGUAAAGCACGUAGUCUGAACCUAGUUUGGCCUUAUAAACGACUGCAUGAAACUUUUAAGACGACAAACACGCAAAUGCCAGCCUUCGCUUGGAAUUCCUUGCAGCGUAGUCUUAGUAUUCAGGCCGCUAAUGUCAUUUGCGUAAUUAUUUUCAGACAUAAGCUCAGGCAACCCAAACGAACGCGACGAGUUGAAAUUGUUCGGCACUAACAUUCCACUCACGUUGUAGUACAUCCUGUACAGUCUGUCAAAAACAAAGCACGAUCACAACUGCAUGUCACAAGCCGUAAUAAUUGUUCACGCUAUAUGGCUAAACGCUGAUUCUUCUUUCACAGUUUCAUAUAUAGGCGCUCAGAGAGCAGUCUAGCGCCCAGAACAGUUUGUGAACAUGUUCGCUGUAUUUUGCUGGCAGCCGUAGCCGCACCUAAAUGUUGACGACGGCCCAUGUUUGGUACUUGCAGCGCGCCUCGAAAUCUGUCGCACCGCCAGUUCCGAGCGCCGUCGUCAAUGCUUCUCCACAAUAAGUCACAUGGUGAGGAGAAGCCUGCUUUCACACAUUUCUCUCAUUAAAGGCGUGAA